AUGCACAGCAAACCGAAAACAGAGAAAAAGAAGGAAAUUCCAAAAACUAAACACACUCAGUAUAAGAAGAAAGACUGUGAAUUCUGUGGGUACAAACACGAACCAGGGAGACAAAAGUGUCCAGCAUGGGGAAAAUGUUGUGAACAGUGUGGUGGAAGGAAUCACUUCAAAGCAAAGUGCAAGAAGAUACAUUCAGUCAGUCAGGAAGAAGAAUUCAACGAGGACCAAUGGUUGAAAGCUGUUAGUUCUGGUGGCAAAGAAGUGACUGCAAUAAUGCGUAUCAAUGAGUGUGACAUUAGAUUUCAACUUGACAGUGCCGCAUAUGUGAAUACAAUUUCUCAGCGUUAUGUCCGCAAGGAGCAAUGCAAGCCUACCAAAAUCUGCUUGAACAUGUGGAAUAAGACAAACAUGAAACCACUUGCCCAUCUACAUGUCGACCCAAAUGUGAAACCCAAAGCUCUUCCCUGCAGGAAGAUCCCUAUCGCACUCCAGAGCUUGGUACAUGAGGAACUUCAGAAGCUUGAAGAUAGAGGAGUACUUAUUCCGAUUACAGAGCCUACUCCAUGGGUCAGCCAGAUGGCUAUUGCUCGUAAAGCUAACGGCAAGCUAAGAUUGUGUAUUGACCCGCAAGCACUCAACACAGCGUUGAUGAGAGAACAUUAUCGCCUACCUGUUCUUGAUGACAUUCUACCGCAGCUCAGUAAGGCCAGAACCUUCACAAAACUUGAUGUCAAGGAGGCUUUUUGGCAUGUGAAGUUGGAUGAGGAAUCCAGCAGACUAACGACAAUGAUAACCCCUUUUGGAAGGUACAGAUGGGCAAGACUACCUUUUGGACUAAAGGUAUCAAGUGAAAUAUUCCAGAGGAAACUGGAUGAGGUGUUCGGAAACAUGACAGGUGUUUUCAGCGUGGUAGACGAUAUCAUAAUAGCCGGCUGUGGAGAAAACGAUGUAGAAGCUGAGCAAGACCAUGCUUUAAAAUUGAGAAAAGUGUUGGAGAGAUGUGAGGAGAGACACAUCAUCUUGAAUAAAGAAAAACAGGAGAUUGGACUGAAAGAAAUCUAA